AUGUCAAAAAAAAUUCCCCGUCAAAAAAAAAGACGCAAGCGCGAGUCGUACAACGAACGCCCCCGCACCUCUGACCUCGACGAAGACCUCCCCAAGAAAAAAUACUCCGUCGAACCACCGCGCGAACCAAGCCCUCCUGUAUCCAAGAAGCGACAUCUAGAAAAACCUGCGCACCCCACUGACGUCCCUCUCAAAAAAACCGCGACGUCGUCAUCCAGUCACCAACCACCCCCCUCACCGAGAGACAACCCCCCCGCAACGCAAACCCCGGGCCCCUCCCCUCUACCUGACGACCAUCCACCCGCCAAAAAGACCCCCCCAUCCUCGAAAGCGCUCGACUUGGAACGGUCCCAACAACAAUCGCUGCUAAAAAGCGCCCGAGACCCCAACCCACCUCAGGGACGAGCCCCACUCUCCGCCAAAAGCACCAGCGCCCAACUCUCCUUCAACAAGUUUCACGCCGCGCCCGGAGAUUACGAACUCGAAGAAGACCGAUACAUCGACAUACUUUUUAAACAUGCCGAAAUCCAAAAAGAAGGUAAAAAGCCAAACGCGAAGCACAUCACCCCGCUAACCAAAGACCCCACAAAACCCGAAUGCACCACCAACUCCGCUACACUCGAACCGAUUCUUCCCACCUCAAUACCACCCUCCAAAAACAACGACCAAACACCCUUCACCCUCAACUCGCCGAACCCCUCCGGACGCGUCACCGAAAACCCCAGCCCACUCCUGCUGUCUAGACCCAACAACGCAGAACCGUGGAAACUCGACGCCCACGAACCGCCCAUCGCCAAUUCAACCGUAGUCAACCCCUUCAAGCAACCACCCGCAUCAACUCUCAACUCGACGGCGUUCAGCGCGCCAACUGACUCGGCCAACCGUCUCGAAGUCCCAUUCGGCCACCGCGACUCCGUCCAAUUCCCUAAACUGCCUAACUUCUCUCAUAACCCUCUGCUCCCAUCCCCCCAACCACCAAAUCCAACCAGCAGCAUCGCCGUCCAACCCCCCUCCAACUCCCAGUUCAACAUCAGACUCGACGGCACGCCAGUCCAAUCUCCCUUCGGCAUAACCGCGAAUACUAAUUCCGGUCACCUCAAACUCAACGCACCUUCCUAGCUUGUCCCCACAUAUCACACACCCUCCACGCAAACGCACCAAUAACUGGACGUCGCGCCAAACUUCAAAACCAUCCGCCAACCAACCUCCUUCCAAAAAAAAACACACCGCUGAGACGCAAACACGACCCAACAAUACCUCCUCUCUCUUGCUCAGACAACAUCCGGCAAUCGACAACCAGACUCACGAAACACACCCUCUCCCUCCUCGCGACCCACCCAGCAGAACUUGCGCACUCCGAGCACUCCUCAAACCGGAUCCGCACCUGCCCACGAACUCUCUUGUCCACACGCGCUGGCAACUCUCGAACCGCGGACAUCGUCGCACUCGA